CUUCUGCAUCAAAGCUCGCUAGUCGAUAGUCGAUAUAGUCAAUAUCAACUGUAAAUUAUAAUGUCAACUUGAUACUUAUUAAUCGACAUUGAGAGUUCAAAACCUUACGCGUAAGAAAUCGUGCGGGAAGGCUUUAAACAUGCUACCGCUUUCCUUGUUAAGAACAGCACAAAAUCAUCCUAUGCUCGUCGAGCUGAAAAAUGGGGAAACAUACAAUGGACACUUGGUUAGCUGUGAUAAUUGGAUGAACAUUAAUCUCAGAGAAGUCAUCUGCACAUCCAGGGAUGGUGACAAAUUCUGGAGGAUGCCAGAGUGCUACAUUCGUGGUAGUACCAUUAAGUAUCUCAGAAUUCCAGAUGAAGUUAUAGACAUGGUUAAAGAAGACGUUCAAAUGAAAUCGAGAGGACGAGGUGAAAUGAAAGGACGUGGCGGUCAAAAUCAACGGGGAGGUCGAGGGGGAGGCGGAGGAGGAGGUGGUGGUGGUGGCAGAGGUACUUUCGGAGGACGUGGGGGAAGAGGCCCUGCGCCUUUAGGUCGAGGUGGUAAUCAAGGCGGCAACAAACCCCAAAACAAACCAAGAACCAAAUAAAUAUUUAUUCAACAAAUAUUUGUACUAUUAAAUUACCCUAGGUUAUAGAGGUCUUCUAACUUGUAAAGAAAUGUUAUGUUUUAAUUGUAGCAUGUCACGCAGACACUCAUCAUAUAGGUACCUAUGUAUUUGAAUCUAACUACACCAUUGGAUUGUAAUAAUCAUUUCUAUGAAAAUCUAUUACAAUUUGA